CAUCUUCGUCGCGGUACGUCUUCCGUAGGCAUCUCAUGUCGAGGAACUGAAUCAAUCAUGUUCAGCGGCCCCAUGCAGUAUCUGGAAGUCUACCUCCCGAGCCCAACGACCGUCUCCUUCACCGUCACGACGCGUCGACCACAAUCAUCAAAGCUCAGAUUCAGAGUGGGCACAUUGCUCCGGCAUGCUUUUCGGAUGGUACUCGUCUAUUUUGUACUGGCCGUCAACAUCGCCAAAGCUCGAGACAUUGUCAGCCUCGGAACCGUGCAGCAUUACUUGAAUACUUGCCUCAAACUCAGUCCCGGCACCAGCUUGAUCGAACCUUUCGCUCAACGCAUCGAAUGGUGGAUCCUUGCGCCGCUGAGCUUGAUAGUGGUGUAUUUGUGCCUAAGGAGGGAUUAUGUCGAAGAAUCGCUCCUCGUCCUCCAAGGUCUAGGCAUCCAAACGAGUACAAGCUCAGGCUAUUUCUUCACAGCGCCGACCACAACAUUCAUCCCAACGGCACAGAUUCAGGACAUAGUGAUUCACGAAGCGUUCAAAGGCCUUGGAGUCAGAUUCUACCUGGCGGUCAUCGUGGAAGGAGGUACGGAAGUGGUAGUAGUUUUCCCGACGCUCCUGCCACGACGCGAGAUUCUCGAAGAAGUCUGGCGAGGGGCUCGUAAAUGCUUAUAUUCUGGCAUCCAUUGAGCCCGCAGGAACGCCGUCUUCAAUCCCCACCACCGUCUUCUAGGCCCCUGGAAUUAGCAUCGCGCCUUGCUUGCCUCCCAUUCGCCCACUUCGCAUUGAGCUGAUGCAACGGAUCCAUCUUGGGCUUCUCCAUCACAGGUAUAUACCGUCCACGGAUCCUCGCAUUGUCGGCGCCCUGGAACACCUUCUGACUGCGGGCCGGUGGACGCUUCGGAUCCCUUUGCGAGCCUCCCUGGAGCGCACUGCCGUCUCCCUGACCAAUGGCCAAAUCAAGCAGACUCCCCGCCAGGAUCUCUUUCAUCUUAGCCUCUCGCCAUACGCUCCACAGCUCAUUCACGACGCCACCAGGACCAAACUUCCCAUCACCCUUGGUCGACAACGUGGUUAGUGUCGCCUCAUCGCCGGCAUAAAGCCAGUUCAACGAGUCGACCAUAUCCUUGUCGUCAUCCGGAAAAAUACAAUCCCACAAAACCAAAGGCGCAUCGUCCGCCAUCUCGUACAUAGGUCUUCUCGGGUUCUUUUCCACGUCAAGCAAUUCAUCAAUAAGACUUGGCUCCUCCAAGCCUUGGCCCACAAGGAAUAACAUCGCCACCAUACACCGCACCUGAUGCCACAGGAACGCCGUCCCAUGAACGCAGAAGGUAUACACUUUCGGGCCACCGUUCAUGGCUACCGUCUUGCUCCCCAGCAGCGAAUCAACAAGCGACUUCGACCCUUGUUGGUUUAGCGCAUCGUCACCAAACACCCUGCCGACGUCCCCGAACUCGACGACAUCGGCGAACGUGAUCCUCCUCUCACAGCUGGGCAUCUGCUUACUCGGAUCGAUUUUGCAGAGAUUUCUAAAAUCAUGGUGUCCCUCCAACUUCUUCGCCGCCUGCCGCAUCUUGUCAAUGUCAAGCCACCCUUCCCGCAUGCCUUCCGAGCCUUUCAACCCGGGCGCUCCUGGUGUCGGACAGAACGCAGGGUUAGUGAAGAAGUACUUGUACCGGCGCUCACGGCAGGAGAAGCGCGCGUCAAACGUCGGCGGCGGGUUCGGACACCAUGCUAAUACUCGAAUGUCUGGCGGGAGUAUGGCGUUCAGGAUAGACACGUAUGGCAGUUCGUCUUUGACCGGAUCAAAUGGUUUCGCGUAGCUUUCCGCCUCCAGGUCCUCAGCG